AAGGACUCCCCAAAAUUCCCUCCACAUCUACUCACAUAAAGGUCAAAAGCGAAGAGAAGGUCAAGGUGGUAGAAAAGUCAGAGAAGGAAACUGUGAUUGUGGAAGAACAGAUGGAGGAGAUCCAAGUGACUGAAGAAGUGACUGAAGAAGAGGAGAAAGAGGCCAAAGAGGAGGAAGAAGGGGGAGAAGAAGCAAAGUCUCCCCCAGCAGAGGAGGCUGCAUCCCCAGAGAAGGAAGCCAAGUCCCCAGCUGAGGUCAAGUCCCCAGAGAAGGAAGCCAAGUCCCCUGCAAAGGCCAAGUCCCCAGUGAAGGAAGAGGCCAAGUCCCCUGACAAGGCCAAGUCCCCAGUGAAGGAGGAAGCAAAGCCCCCUGAGAAGACCAAGGCUCUGGAUGUGAAGUCCCCAGAAGCCAAGACUCCAGUGAAGGAGGAAGCAAGAUCCCCUGCAGACAGCAAAUCCCCUGAAAAGGUGAAAAGUCCUGUCAAGGAGGAGAUCAAGUCUCCAGAGAAGGUCACAUCUCCCGUGAAGGAGGAGAAGCCCCAGGAAGUGAAAGCCAAAGAGCCCCCGAAGAAGAUGGAGGAAGAGAAAGCUCCAGCCACGCCAAAAACUGAAGACAAGAAGGACAGCAAGAAAGAUGAGGUGCCCAAGGAGGCUCCAAAGCCCAAGGUGGAGGAGAAGGAACCUGCUUUAGAAAAGCCCAAAGAAACCAAAGUUGAAGCCAAGAAGGAAGAGGCUGAAGGUAAGAAGAAGGCAGUGACCCCAGAGAAGGAGGCUCCUGCCAAAGUGGAGGCGAAGGAAGAGGCUAAACCUAAAGAGAAGACUGAGGUGGCCAAGAAGGAACCAGACGAUGCCAAGGUCAAAGAACCCAGCAAGCCAGCAGAGAAGGAGCUGGAAAAGCCAAAGAAGGAAGAGAUGCCAGCAGCACCAGGGAAAAAAGACACCCAGGAGGAGAAGACCACAGAGGCCAAGAAGCCUGAGGAGAAACCCAAAACGGAGGCCAAAGCCAAGGAGGAUGACAAGACCGUGUCAAAAGAGCCCAGCAAGGAAACCCCCACACCCAGCCAACCCAAGAUGGAAAAGGCUGAAAAGUCAUCUAGCACAGACCAAAAAGAGAGCAGGCCUCCAGAGAAGGCCCCAGAAGACCAGGCUGCCAAGGGGGAGAAGUAAGGCAGGGAGGAAGGAUCAUCAGAGUAGCCAAAGAAACUCAGGAGGGGCCCGGAGCUCCAGGGUCUGUGUGAUGAAUUUUCCUUUUCCUCCCUUUUCUUUAUGUAAGAAGAAACUCUGUUUAGAUGACGGGCCCUCCUUCACCAAACAGGAAUUUCUGUUAGCAAAAUGUUAGCAAGACAGGGCACUCCCAGCCCCCUGCCCUCCAUGUCCCAAACCCUCCCCAGGCGACGGACAACUAUGUUAUGAUAGCUUAUGUAGCCGAAUGUGAUAUAUGCCGAAUGCCAUACGUAAACACUUGACUAUAAAAACUGCCCCCCUCCUUUCCAAAUAAGUGCAUUUAUUUCCUGUAUGUGCAACUGACAGGUGACCGCAAUAACGAAUGAGCAGUUAGAAACACAUUAUGCUUGAGAUGUCUUAACCUAUUCUCAAAUGCCUUCUGUUUUCCAAAGGAGUGGUCAAGCCUUGCCCAGAGCUCUCUAUCCUGGAAGAGCUGGAGCGGGUGGGGCUGGGCUUUGGCCACUGAAUCACGCCAGGGCGCACUUUCCACUGGAGUCCACUUUCAAUUGCUUCUGUGCAAUAAAACCAAGUGCUUACAAAAUGAAAA